AUGCUCGCUCACCUUGUAAGGUCUCUUUUUGUUUUGCUUGAAAAUAGCAAUGGAGAGAAAGGAGUGCUUCUGAUGAACAAAUCUGCUUUUUCUGAGAAGGCUGAAGAUAUUAUUGCUAUUGUAAAGUCGGCACAAUUGAAGGAGAUUAUGAAAAAUGACAUUUAUGGCAACUACGACAUCGCUUUACCUUCCGAUCUCAACUUGGUGAAGUCCCAGCUGAUAUAUCCCGCUAAUGACAAAGUUAUCGCCAAAUAUCGACAAGAGGAGAAGUUUUGGGUCUACAACGUUUUAUCGAAAAAUAAGGAAGCAGAUAGAGUUAUCUACGAAGACCCAGAUCCACAUAAUGGCUUUAUUCUGGCCCCAGACAUCAAGUGGGAUGGUGUAUCAAUGGAAAAUCUUUAUACUCGCUGUUUCAUUUCUAAUCAUUCACCCAUUUGCUCGAUUUUUAGUUUAAAAUACGAUGCCCCAGCCAGCACAACAUUGAGUGCUGUACUACUCGAUGAU